UUCCUCGUCGAAGUGGAAGCAUUUGUGGGAUUGUGAGAUGGAGAAAAUGUUGAAAUUGGGCCCAAAAGAAAUGAAAGGUGAGAUCUGGGAUGAAAAGGGCUCUACUAAUAUUUUGGAAAUCCUAACUUCACACCAACAAGAUUCCAUCAACUCCAUUCAGUUUACAUGUAAUACAGACGGAGAAGUCUUUCUAGCUGAAACCCAUGGUGAACCCACGGGUAUGAAAUUUAAAACUGUGGCAUUUGAUUAUUCUAAUAAUGAGUACUUAACUUCGAUAAGCGGCGAGUAUGACAAUGGUAGAUUAGUGUCGAUUGUAUUUGGCACAAACAAAAAAAAGUACGGACCCUUUGGAAGAACCGGAAGCAAGUCGGAUGAAACUUCAUACGAUGACUUCUGCUUUGAAUUUGGACCAAGGAAUUGUUUUGGAGGCUUUCAUGGAAGCGUUUUUAAUGGAUGUGUGCAUGCUAUUGGAGUGUAUGUCAAACAAUAUACGUCAUACGCUGAUGAUGAGGAUUCGAUAUACCACCUUCUACACUAAACCAUAUGACGUGCUGGUGAUGGUAGUAUGUACGUCUUAAUUCUAUAUGUCUCUGUCCAUGUUUGGUUAUCUACAUGUGUGAACUUUUAAUCUUUAAUGGUACUUGUUCUAAUCAAACCAUUUUGCUACCUGGUACCUAUGUUUCCAUGUCUUGAAAGACAUUGUUAUUGUUAUUGUUAUAUUGUUAUUGUUA